AUCUCCUGCCUGAUAUUCGACUUAGCUAUAGAACCGCUGGCGUGUGCCCUCCGAAAGUCGGGUCUACGUGGACUCCGAAUCCCUGGUGAAGCGGAGAGACUCAUAGCAAAGCUGUUCGCGGAUGAUACAACAGUUUACCUGAGCAGCAACGAUGAGUAUGCUGAUGUCUGUGAAGUGACGGCGAGGUGGUGCCGGGCAGCCCGUGCACGUUUUAACGCAGAGAAAACUGAGAUCUUACCGAUUGGCUCGCCUGAGUACCGU